AUGGACUUGAAAAUCUUCCAUCCAAGGAAAUAUCCAAGGACUAAAACACAGCUCAUCAAAUGGUGGAAUCUGAAGGAUCCAAAGGAGGUAUUCUACGAGUCAGUGGUUUCAUCUGCACUUUCCCACCCUACUCGUAGUGUGGAGAAAAUGCCGUCUAUUUCCAGCGUCAUACGCUUGAUCGCAGAGAACACUCCAGGAAAAACGGGUCUAGGUAAGCCCAAUAUGCAAGAGGCUAAAAAGAAGUCCAAAUAUAAGCUCUGGUGGAAAACAAGUCAGCCUGAAGAUAGUGGGGCUUACCUAGCGGCGAGGAGGCAGGCUGAGAAGGCAGUAUCCAAAGCGAAGUGGGACCGCUGCAAAUCUGUGUACGACAUGCUUGAUACCAGAGAAGGCAGGCGAGUGGACAGUGUAUUGUUUAGUCAGAGCGCGUCACCGCUCAACGUUGGAUAUGGGGCAUACCAAGAUCGUUAA